CGCGCACACGAAAGCAGAAAGGAAGUUGAAGUUCUUGUGACUGUGCUGUGGUUUCGCUUCCUUCAUCCGGGUCACACACACACACUGCCUCUCAAACACUGAAUUGCGACAUUAUGCUGGGUUUAUUCCUCGUUAUGAUGAUAACGUUUUCGUAAAGUUGCUUCCAUAACAAAAACAAACAGAUGACAGAUGUGUGCAGAUCUCAGCUGAUUUCCAGAUGUGCAGACUGGAUGUCUCAGCUUCCUACUCAGCUCCUCAGUGUUCCUCUGUGGGAUCUCGCGAUACCUGGUAGUCAUGAUACCAUGACAUACUGUCUGGACCAGCACAGUCCAGUCCUGAGUUCCGAGCCUUGGAUACUGACCGUACUGGACCACGUUGUACCCUGUGUCAUGAGGCCGUGUAUAAAGAAGUGGGCCACCACUCAGGAGCUGACCAUUUCCAGUCAGCUGGAUUCAGGAAUUCGAUUUCUUGACCUAAGGAUCGCUCACAAGACGGAAGAUCCAAGCCAGAAGUUUUACUUUGCGCAUGGAUUAUACUCUCUAAUUACUGUAAAGGAGGCGCUCACUGAUGUCACGCACUGGUUAGAGCGUCACACUAAAGAAGUCGUGAUCGUUGCUCUGUCUGCUUUUGAUGAUGUGAACCCUGAGCAGCACAACAACCUGAUUGACUUUUUGAUGCAACUCUUUAGCAAGAAACUCUGCCCCAAAUCGGAAACUCCUUCUCUCGGAGCGUGUUGGGCUCACGGUUAUCAGGUGAUUCUCUCCUACGCUGAUCCUUCUGGGUCUGGGCACGAGGAACUUUGGCCAGCGUGGGAUUACUGGUGGGCCAAUAAGUCAGACCCAAACCUGGUCAUUUCAUACCUGGAGCAAAAGAAGAAGACAGGAAGACCAGAUGGUUUCUUCAUGGCUGGUCUAAACCUCACUGAAGACACCAGAUCACAGAACUGGAGUAUACCGUACAUCAAGUUUCUAGAAGCAUCACGACCUGAGCGACAGACUAGAUACUUCGAGGUGGAUUUAAGACUUUCUCCGUCCUCUUUUGACCCUUCUCUUCUCUUCCUGAUAAAUAGAUUAUUUAGGGAUUCACAGGUAGUCGGUUGCGCCUGCGCUGCUCCUGUGUACCAUGCACUGUUGCAUUAGGCUUAAAGCCACAGAGCAGACAGAUGGCUGAGGAGAGCCAGAUGGAUCUCAUUACAGGGUCUUAUUAAGGCACUCUAGAGACGAGUGGAUAGAUAGAGAGGAAGCCUGAGUUGCCUGCUUCUUCCUGCUUGCACUUCUUACACCAGUUUGAAGAAAUCUAGAACUAUUUCUGAAUGAUCAUGGAGAAAGAGGAUGAGGAGGAACUUUUCAUCGAAUGGCCUGCUGAAGAAGGAGAGCAGGAGAGCACAGAGGAUGAGGACGAGGAAAAGGAGGCUAAGAGGAAAAGAGGGUUGGGUCUCCCCAGGCCGAGUGUUUCACUGGCCAAUCGCAGAACUUCACUUCCGUGUCCGGUUAGCAGCUAUACACAGUAGAUAUAUUAUAAGUGUAUAACUUCGAGAAAGUAUUUACGUUUUAAACUUUUGUAUUCAUUUGACAAUCAAUAUGUCUAAAUUUUACUGUAGAGCACAAUUCAUGACUUCUGAUUUACAAAGUGGACAAGAGGAUAACACUGGAUAUUAGAUUAGAUGUUACGCAGUUAGUGCUAAAGA